UUUUUCUGUUACCACCACCACCGCCUGAACGACGUACGGCACCGGGUUCUUCUUCAGCUCCGAUGAGCUAGAGCAACCAUGGGAGUACCCUCGUUUUAUAGAUGGCUACUAGAACGCUUCCCUCGCACUGUGGUCAAUGCCCCAACCGAUGGCAUGGAGUUCGACAAUCUCUACCUCGACAUGAAUGGCAUCAUCCACCCCUGUUUCCACCCUGAAGGACUGCCUGCUCCCAAGACCUACGAUGAUGUUUUUCAAGCAGUUUUUAAGUACGUUGAUAGGAUUUUAUCCGUUGCUAAACCCAAAAAGCUACUAUACCUUGCAAUUGAUGGUGUUGCGCCUCGAGCUAAGAUGAACCAGCAAAGGUCACGACGUUUCAAGACUGCUAAGGAUGCGGCUGAGGAGGCUGCUCAGAAAGUGAAGCUUGAGGAUGAUUUAAUGGAAAAUUCUGGUAAACUUGAUUCAAAUGUCAUCACACCCGGGUCUGAAUUCAUGGCAUUGUUGUCUUCAGCACUUCACUUUUACAUACACUUGAGAAUGAAUGGGGAUCCAAAGUGGCAGGGAAUCAAGGUCAUUCUUUCGGAUGCCAGCGUACCUGGUGAGGGGGAGCAUAAGAUAAUGUCAUACAUUCGUUUGCAAAGAAACCUGCCUGGAUUUGAUCCAAAUACAAGGCAUUGUCUAUAUGGAUUGGAUGCAGAUCUUAUCAUGCUUGCACUAGCAUCCCAUGAAGUCCAUUUUUCUGUCUUGAGAGAGGAUGUCAUGAAGGAUAAAUAUGUAAAAUCCAAGGAGAGGAACGGGAAAAACAUUAAGGGCUUUUUGAAAAAGAAUCUAGAUGACCAUAUCUCGAACCAGAGAUUUCAGUUUCUCCAUAUUUGGAUCCUCAGGGAGUAUUUAGCAUAUGCUAUGGGAAUCCCAGAUGUUAAAGGAGAUUUGGAGUGCCUAAUUGAUGAUUUUGUUUUGAUGUGUUUGUUUGUGGGGAAUGACUUUCUACCUCACAUUCCCUCGUUGGAAAUAUCUGAGGGGGCUAUCGAUUUACUCCUGACCAUCUACAAAACAGAAUUUGCAACAAUGGGUGGUUACCUGACUAAUUCCUUUAAGGUAAAUUUGGAAAGGAUGAAUCACUUUUUAGAAGUCGUGGGAUCUCAUGAAGGUUUAAUCUUGAGAAAACGUGCCCAGGUACAAAAGGAAUGGGCUUACCGUGAUCGACGUUAUUCACAGAAUAAAACUGUUAUAGAGACAUCUGUGGGUUCAGCUUCAGUAAAUUCAAGUGCUACGAAGAAGCAAGCACCAAAGAGCACUGCAUCAGUUAGCACCUCUACUGAAGUUGACAAGAUUAAUUUUGCGGAAAAGGGUUGGAAGGAAAGAUACUAUGCUGAAAAAUUCGAGGCUGAAACUGAGGAUGAUCUUGAGAAGGUUCGGAGAGAUGUGGUGUUGAAAUAUACAGAAGGGAUUUGCUGGGUCAUGCAUUAUUAUUAUGAAGGAGUCUGCUCCUGGCAAUGGUAUUAUCCUUAUCACUAUGCUCCAUUUGCUUCAGAUUUUGUUGGUAUUGAAGAGUUAAAGAUUCAAUUCACGCUUGGGCAACCCUUUAAACCAUUUGAUCAGUUGAUGGCUGUACUCCCCGCUGCAAGUGCACACGCUCUUCCAGUGUCUUAUAGGAAGCUUAUGACUGAUGCAUUAUCACCUUUGUUGGCUUUCUAUCCCACAGAUGUUGAGCUGGAUAUGAAUGGGAAACGGUUUUCUUGGCAAGCUAUCUGCAAACUUCCAUUUAUCGAAGAAACCAGCCUUCUCUCAGAAGUUGCCAGAGUAGAAAACACAUUGACGGAUGAGGAGAGUCAGAGGAACAAAUUGGGUAUGGAUGUGCUAUUUGUUCAUGUGACUUAUCCUUUAGCAAAAAAGAUAGUUUCUUUCUAUAGAAGUAAUAUUGAUCAUCCGAACUUGAUCAGUACUCAAGUCAAACAAGACAUUGAUUCAGAAUCCAGUGGUGGAAUGAAUGGUUACAUUUUUGUUUCAAAUAGACCAGUGCAGCCUGUGCAAAUAGAUUCACCAAUUAGUGACAUGGAUAUGAUUGCUGAUAAUAAAGUCUUGUCAGUGUUCUACAAGUGUCCAGCCUUCCAUGUACACAUUCCUAGACCACCAAGUGGAGUUCAUUAUCCAAAUAAGUCUAUCCUCAAGAAGCAUGUUAAACCCACACCAUUUUUUUGGCAUGAGAAGUCUGCUGUUGUUGGACGGUUGCAUUCUUUAAGGCCCAUUCGCAUGUCUAUCUCUGGCUCUCGUCUUUCAAAAUCAGCUCGUCUGCUUGUGACGAAGUCGAAUCUUGAGAAGCAACAAAAGAGCAAUGGAGAUGUAGAACUUGGUGAAGGUAAAACUAUAGACGGGAUUCAUGCUGAUGUUGAUGGAAGAAACAUCAACGAUAGAACGUUAAAAUUCAACAGCGUCACCGGCGAAGGUGCAACUGUAGAUGCUGGUGCUGCUGCUGGCGAAGGCAUCAAUGGUAAAACAAGGAAACGAAAAAGAAAACGAAAACGUAAGAAUGAACUGAGUGAUAUCCAUGUGAGUGAAAUGGAGGCUGCAUCCAUUCCAAAGACAGAAGCAGCAGUACCUAUCGAUGCAGGGCUCGGUGAAAGUGCAGCUGUAGAUGCUGGUGCUGACAGCAAAGAUAUCAAUGGUAAAACUAUGAAACGCAAACGAAUGAAUGGCAGAGCUAGGAUUCGCGAACGCAAACGUAAACAGAGACUAAUGGCUGAGCUCAGUGAUAUGCAUGUGGGUGAAAAGAAGCUUGCAUCCAAUCCAAAUACUGGAAAAGCAGUAUCUACAUCUGCAGGUGAUGGCAGAUAGCCAUGUCGGUGGAGAUGGAUUGACAAGCCUUCCGAAUCCCAACGAAAUGGUCCUCGCGAAUGGGAUCGCAGGCGAAAAGCAAAGGUGUCUUGGAUAACGAGGUAGGUAUUUAAGAGCAAGGUGCAAUUCAGGUGCUUGAGAAUACAGUUUUUGUCUGUGUAAUUGAAGGCGAAAAAAUGUCCAAGUGACAUUGGUCUCUACAAGGCAAAGAAACGAUGACAGUGAGAGCCAACCAAAAUGAGUUUUUGUAUUUGUUGUAGCUUAAUUUUUUUUAUUUGUUAUCAGUUUGAAUUUUGCUCAAGUUUUCUUCUUCUUGUUAUUGGUAACUUCUGAGAGUUACCAAGGCACCUUGUUGCAUAUAAUUAUUAUUAUUAUUAUCAUAUUUAUGAUUUUUGUCAUUGAAGUU